AUGAAUGUCAACGAUGAUAAUAAUCAACAAUUAAAGAUAAAGUGUCAUGGUAAUCGAAGAGAUCAACGUUUUCGUCGAAAAUGUCGUAAACGUGGAAUGAGACCAGCAAAAAUAGAAAAAUUACUUGAUAAAUUCAAAUAUCCAAAUGAGAAAACAAGACGAAUAGAGCAGUGCAUGAGAGAUUUAGCCUAUUAUAACAAACAAUUAACAGCACCAGUGUUUCGUACUUCAUUAGAUCAAGUAAGUAAUCAAUCAAGCCAGUUGACAGCAACAACAACAGUUACAACACAUUUGAAUAAACGUAAACGAAAUAUAUCACUUCAAGAAUUAAAAGCAAAUUCAGCAGUUCCAAAAUCAACAAGUUCAAUAUCUAUACGUCAACCAUUAUCGAAAAAAGCAAAACAACAGAUAACAACAACAACAAUGCCAAUGAUACAACAAAACAAUAAUAAUAUUCUAAAUUAUGUCUAUCGACGACCAAUGUAUUUACAACGAUCAUCUUGGAUACUUUUUCAAACAUUAAGUAAACGAUUAAAUUAUUCAUUAAAUGAUAAACAUAAACAAUAUAUUUAUACACGAUUAACUAUAUUAGAUCAUAUAUAUUGUCUGGAAGUUCAUUUACAAUUAUGUAAAUCAUUUUUAGAUAUUGGUCGUACAGAGCAUCAUUGGCCGGUAAUUUUGUUUUUUGUAUAUUAAAUAUUGUUUUUAUUAGGCUAUUUAUUAUUAUCAUCAUAGGAAGAAGUUCAACUGUUAUCAAAAAC